AUUAUUACAAUCAUUAAUGUAUUGAAUGUUGAUGAUAAAGUAUAACUUCAAUUUCAUAUAAUAGACUUAUAUAAUGAUAAGUAAAUAACCGGAUUGUAUACAUAGAGAAAGAUAGUAUGGAAUGGACAUUUUUAAUGUUCAAAUAUAUUGAACUAAAAUAUGGUCAAUUUUCAUUAUACCAAUAAAAAUUUAUAUUAUACUUCACAUUAUUCUUCAUCAUCAAAUCAACAUGAUCAUCUUUGUUAUAAUGACCAACAUUGUACUGAAUGGAAUUUAUUAAAAUCAAUUGAAUUCAAUGAAAUUGCUAAGCCUGUAUCAAAUUUUUUAGUAUUGAAUCAAUUAUCAACUAUUUCAAAUAAUAAUGAUCAUGAUCAUAAAUCUUCAAGAACAGAUGAUACAACAACAAUAGAAAGUUGGACACCAUCAAUUGAUCAAUCAUUUAUACAUCAAAAAUUAUUAUUAAAUAGAAUGAAAAGUUGGAAAUUAUACAGAAAUACUAGUCCUUUAAACUAUUUCAGUAAUAUAAAUAAUAAUACUAGUAAUAUAGAUAAUUUACCUGAAAAAUACUCUGUUAAAUGUAGAUUUAGAACAUUUGAAGAUGUACCUAAGGAUCAAAUAGAUGAUAAUGUAGCAACAGUACAUAUAUUUAACCAGUAUUUAAUGAAUAAUGAAUAUGAGCAUGGAGAUCAAUUACAAAUAUUAACAAAUGCUCAUUUAUCAUCUGAUAUAAGUGAAAAUUUGACAGAACAGUUUAUUACACCAUCAGUAAGUGAUGGUGUAACAUUGGAUGCCGAUAAUCAGGAAUUAGAUCAGAAUACACGAUUGAAUGCAAGACAUCGUAUCUAUGAAGAAUAUUUACAAUCUUUAGAGAAAAGAUACAAUAUUAAAAUGAAUCAAUCUAAUGAAGAAAUAAAUAAAACAAAAAAUUUAAUGGAUUAUGAUUUAAUACCACAUAGUUUAUACAUAACGACAAGUGUUGAUGGAUUACAUUCAAUGUUAACUACAGUACAAAUGGAUUCAUUAAAAAGUUAUCCUCAUUCAAUAGAUCAAAAAUUAAUGAAAGAAAAUACAACAGAAGAGAAAAUUAUUGCAAAUAAAUGCGAGCAAGAACGUGUACAAAAGAAAACAUUUACCAACUGGCUAAAUACAUAUUUGAGCAAUGCAAAUCCACCAUUCAAAGUUCAAGAUCUAUUUGAAGAUAUCAAGAAUGGAAUAUUGUUAAUAAGAAUAUUAGAAGUGCUAUCAGGAGAAAAACUACGCGCAGAAAGUCGGGUUCAAAUGAAUCGGAUACAUUGUCUAUCGAAUAUUAAAACUGCAUUGGAAUUUUUACAUUCUAGAAAUGUAAAAUUAGUCAAUGUUAAUCCAACUGAUAUUGCUGAUGGGAAACCAGCUAUUGUUCUUGGUCUUAUAUGGGUUAUUAUAUUAUAUUUCCAAAUUGAGGAACAAGAAGAGUUACUACUGAAAAUUUUAGAUCUUCCACCUGGUUCACUUAAAACAAGAGGUUCAGCUAAACGUGCUCUGCAAGCUUGGGUUCAAGAAAUUUUCGCUGGAAAAUAUGAUGUCCAGAUUCGUGAUUUUGGUCCAAGUUGGCGUGAUGGAAUAGCAUUCAAUGCUAUGGUGCAUAAUAUUGAUUCCAGACUUGUUGAAAUGGACAAAGUAAAGACUAGAACACCAAAAGAAAAUUUAGAACACGCAUUUACACAAGCUGAAAAGCAUCUGGGUAUACCAAGACUUUUGGAUCCUGAAGAUGUCGAUGUUGACAGACCAGAUGAAAAGUCAAUUGUAACAUAUGUUGCUCAAUUUUUCAAAGCUUAUCCGGAUGCAGGAAGACGAAGAUCAGAUUCACCUACCAAAACGAAUGUCAAAGUGAAACUUGAUAAUUUAAUGAAAUUUAUUCGAGAAUCUGAGUCAAGAAUGAAAACAGUUCGAUUUGGGCAUACUAAUUUAAAUGAACAAUAUCAGGUAUAUGAAGAGUUAAUUACAAGAAAAGAGAUGGAAGAAGAAAAUUAUGAAUCAUUGAAAGAUCAAUGGUAUUCUGGUUUAAUAUCUCAUACUGAUUCAUUAAUCAAUCCAAGUGAAGUAGAAAUUUUAGAAGAAUCUUGGAAUCAUUUUAACGAUAUUAUGAAUGAAUGGUUAUGGGAAAUAGAUGAAAAAAUACCUGGUGAAUUUGGUCGUAUUGCAAAAUGGUUAAGUCAAGCUGAAAAAUGGUUUAAACAAGUAGGUUUAAAAUGGUAUCAAAAACCAUCUGGUACUCAAGCGAUGGGAUUUUGUGUCACAGUAAAUCAAUCAUGGCGUCCUUCAAGUGCUGAACCACCAAAUUCUCCUCCAUCAAAUGAAUUAAUAGAUAAGCUACAAAAUGAAAGAUUGGAAAUCUUUGGAACAAAUAAUCAAAAAUUAAACUCUAUUCGUGAUGAUUUAUCUCGUAUUAUUGAUAAUGAAAAGAAAAUCAAUUUACCAAAUACAUUAAUUGAUCGAUUAAGUACACGUUUAUCAAAAAUUAUUGGUUAUGAACCUGGUCAUAGUGCAGUUUUAUGUGCAGCUAAAUCACGUAGAACAUUUCUUGAUAUAUUAUAUAAUGUUAAUCGUACAGAAACUAAUACAGGUGUUCGUAUACGUAGUCGUCGACGUGAAAGUGCUACAGGUUUUGAAUAUCGUUUUUGUAAUUGGUUAGAUUUAGUCGAUGGUAAUAUACAUACUGAAACUAAAGAAAUUGUCAAUGGAAUUCUUAAUGAUUAUCAGCUUUGUUUAAAAACCGAACAUGUACCAGAGAAAUUAGAUCAAUGUAAAUUAGAUCUAUCGAAACAUUUUAAUUUAUUAAUUAAAAUUAAUCAAUAUGAUGAUCAACUUUUACCUCAAAAUGCCUUGGAUAUUAUUCAACAUUGGCAAAAUGAUUGUGAAAUUAAAUGGAAUUCAGAUAAAUUUAAUCAAUUAAUCCAAUUAGGUGAACGUAUUAAACAACGUUUAACUAUUUGGGAUAAAUUAGAUCAUUGUAAUAAAAAUAUAGAAAAUUUACUGUCACAAUUUGAAGAUUCUACAUUUUCUGAAAAUGAUUGGUUAAAUCGACGAGAUGAAAUAUUUUUGUUAUUAGAAGAAGCUAAUGAAGCCGCUCAUUAUCUUGGUGAAUCAGCUGAUCAUCAUAAAUUGGAAAUGUUUCGUAAAAGGAUUGAGAAAGUAGAAUCCAAUAUUUUCAAAAGAAAACAAGCUAAUUUAGAAGAACUUGAAGCAAAACGAAUGGCGGAUAAAUUGAAAUUUGAAAAUGAAAUGAAUAAUUAUUUAAAUAAAAUUGAAUAUUGGAUAGAUACAAUAAAAGAUUUAAUUGAAAAUAAAACGAAUUCUAAACCGAGAAAUUUACAAAUACGAUGUACUUCAAAUGAGUUCUUAAUGAUUAUUGAACAAUUACAAGAGUUAUUAAAUCAACAACCACAAAUUAUAGAACAUUUACAAAAUGCUACUAAUUUAAGUCAAGAUCCAACAAACAUUCAAUGCAUAACCAUAGAACAAAAUGACCGUUUAGAUAAUUUAGAAAAUUUAAUUGAAAAAUUUACUAAUUUAUUAUCAAUUAAAAUUAAAGAUUUAAUCGAUAUGAAAGAAAAAAUUUAUGAAAUUGAAAAAAAUUUGGCGGAAAUUGAUUUACAAAUAAAAAAUUUAGAAGAUAAACAAAAUCAUAUUUUAUUGAAUUCAGAUAUGAAUACAUGGGAAUGUUCACCAAUAUAUUUAGAUGUAAGUUGUUUUGUUUUAUUAAAUAAUAUGGUAUGAGUUACUUGCUCUCAAAUGCCCUGGUACGGUCGACAAUAGGGAGGGCCAGCCAUUUCUAUUGAAAUGCCGUGACAUGGCCAUCUGUCAGGGAAGUUCUACUCA